AACCUGUUAGUUAAAUUUCUUUUAACAAACAAUAUAAAAUCAGUAAGAAGAACUGUAAAUUUUAAAGGAUUACUUGAUUUUUGAAGUUUCUUUUUCUUGGUCAAAACAUAAAGAUCGUAAAACGUAACCAGCUACGGUACUUCAUUAAUGUAAACAAUGACGAAUAACCAAUGAAGCGUCGUACAAAAUCAUAAGCCAUUCACAAGACAAAAUAUUCCUGCGAAUUAGAAAGAUGUUUUGUUUGUUGAAAGAUUUAACGAUAAAAGAUAAAAGUUGCAUUUGAAUUGUUUAAACAAUUUUGUUAAAAUUUGGACAACAGCAAGGAAUUAUUUUUAUGUUUGCAAUUUAAAUAGGAAAAAUUAAUUAGUUUAAAAACUAAAAGCUAAACUUGAAUUUGUACAACUUUAACAAGAUUUGAAACUUUUGAGAAGUUAUAAAUUAAGCAUAAUAAUGAUGACAAAACUAACGAUGAUAAUAAUGUUAAUAAAACAAAAGACGAAAGUGGUUUUUAAUUAAUAAGACAUUUAAAAUUUAAUUUUAUGACUAUAAAAGUCGUUAAACUUUAAUCAAUUACACUAGUUACUUGAUUGUAUGAUAAUAUGAAAUAAAAUAAUAUAAAACAAAAUAAUAUGAUUAGAGACAGAGGCAAAAAAGAAAAAAAAAAUUACCACUACGAAUGCGCAGCAAAGUGUAAAGCUUUCAAAGAAAUAUCAGAAAGCGAAUGUUCAACUGAAACCAAAAAUGAAACAAAUAAACAUAUUAAUAAACUUUGCAGCUGUAGAGGCUGUAUUGGAAAUUUAUACACAACUUCGGGUCGAAUGGUUGUAAUACCAAGUCCUGCUUUUGUUAAUAAUGACUCGCAUCUUGAAACAACAGAAACUUCAGAAAAACAAUUUUUGAACAAGCGAAAUUUAAAAAAAAAAUCAAGAAGUCACCGUGCAGAAAAAAAAGAGUUCAAUCAAACACGACAUAACACAUUUCAUUUACAAAAUGGUUUAAAUGCAAGUUGUAAUAAAAAAAGAGAAAUGAAAAAGAAUAAACUCAAAAGUGUUGAUCCCUGUUGUCCUUUAUGUACAAAACCUUUUAUCUGUCCGAUAUUAUUGCCUUGCGCACAUACUUUUUGCAAAGAUUGCGUGACAGUUUUUGUAGAAACGAGCGAUGGUAAAAAGUUUUCCUGCCCCGUUUGUACUACAGACAUCUCUCUUAUGGGUUCUGAUGAAGAACUUUUUUGUCCAAACUUUAUAAUAUUAAAAACUAUCGAAAGUGACGAUUGUGAUAGUAACUUGUGCUCUGUGUGCGAUCUUAAUCAAGAGGCGCGUUACUUUUGCGAAGAAUGUUCAGACCUGCUGUGCCAUGAAUGUAAAGAAAGACACCGGGUGGUAAAAAAUACAAAAAAGCAUGAAGUUAAAAGAAUCACAUCAGAUACGGAUAUACUUAACGUUGUUAAAAAAAGAUACUUUUGCUCAGAACAUGAAAAGGAACAGCUCUUACUACACUGCUUGUACUGCCAGCAAUCUGUAUGUCGAGAAUGUGCGUUAAUAAACCAUUACGGCGAUAAGCAUAACUGCAUACCUAUUGCCGAGGCUGCAAAACGCUACAGAGAAGUAUUGCGGCGAAAUCUUUACUCUUUAAAAAGUCGUUCUCCGAAUUUACAAUUGUCUUUGAUGGAUGUCAAAAGAAUUAAAAAGCUUUUGAAGGACCAAGUAAGGAGUGUCAGAAAAGAAGUAGGAGAAAGCAUUAAAAGAAUUCUGAAGAAUGUCAAAGAAAAAGAACAAGCGCUCUAUCAAAAUCUCGUUCAAGCAUACAGGAUAAAAGCAAAAUCUUUAAAUAAACACCGUGAUACAAUACUUAUAGAGUUAGAGCAGUUCGAAGCAGCUAGUAGGUUGUUACAGCAACUUGAACAUCACGAAAACAAUGUUGAAAUGCUCCAAAUGAAAACGACAAUUGAUAAAACUCUAACAAAUCUCGAAAAACCAGGAUAUUCAUUUAAUCUAGAACAAGAAACAUUGAUGUUUAGGUCUAGCGAAAAAGAAAUAUUAGCUGCUAUUGAUAGGCACGGUGAAAUAUUUCGUUUUUGCAAUAAACAUAAAAAAGAGACACUAGAUGACAUGUUUGGCAAACAUACGGUUAAAAACAAUUCUGCAAAAGAAAGUAGCUUUAUAAUUAUAUGUGACUUUAACACAGCACUUUCUCCUUCUGUAUGGAGUUUCAAAGAUGAAACCGGUGAUAUGUCAAAUGAUCGAAGGGACCGCGCCAGAAACCACUGGAGAAUUUUACGACUUCGCUUAAAUGAAAUCAUCGGAAACUGUAAAAAUAUUAAGCCGCAAAUAAAUGAGAGCAUAAAUUUAACAAACGAUUCCCUUUUUAAUGGAAUUGGUAAAUACAAAGAUUUUUCAUUAAAACCAAUUACUCAGCUUUCUAUCAAUAAAUCUAAUAGCAAAAACGAAAUUAAAAACAUUAAAAUUGAUAAAGUUUUUAUAGAAGCAAAUUCACUGGAAAUGCAAUCUAAAACAGAACGUGCUUACUCAAAUUGGCUUCUUGUUCAAUCAAAAAUUUAUGAUAUUAUUGACUAUGGCAGAAUGAAAGGUUUGAUAUCGUUCAACUCGAGGAAUGCAUCACUAAAAUCUAAUCGACGGCGAGAAAAUAGGUUCAUACUUAAAGUUCGUCACUAUCGAGCAAAAACUUUGCGCGCGCGUGCUAAUUGGAAGAUUUUAAUUUCAAAAGUUAGUUAUGAAAACCAUAAAAAGUUCUAUCCAUCAUCAAUUUCGUUUUUAGAUGAUUAUAGAAAAGAUUUAAUUCAAACAAAAAAUAAAGCAGCAAGUAAUAAAACAAUUGCGGGUAAAGUAAGAGCCUCUGCAAACUGGCUUCUUGUUAAAGCAAGAAUAAAAGACAUUAUUUUAAUUGAAAGAGAUAACACACCUUUAAAUACUUACAAAUCCAAUACUAUAGUUCAAAGUACAAAUUCGAUCCAAACUAAAGUUACGCCUACUUUAAAUAAUGCAAAUGUAAAAUCAGGACAAACAUUUACAUCUUCAAAGUCUAUAAAACACGACAGUAAUCCAAAACUGGACAGCAAAAAAGAGGAAAUUGAAAAAAAACAGAUUUUCAAAGCUAAACUAGAUCAAUUAAGUUCUUCACUGGAUAGGUUGAGUUUUGAAACAUUUGAUGUAAAUAGCGCAAUAGAGCAAAAAAGUUUUUUUUCAUUGAAUCAAUCAAAAUCUUUUAACUGUUUGAACACUAAUUCUUUAAAUAACUGCAACUUGCUGAUGAAAAAAAAUGUAAGUAAAGAAUACACUGAAAGUAGUCCUGUCAAACUAAAUGAAAAGCUUUCAAAGAGCAUGUUAAACAUUAGCGAAACUUCGAAAAAUCUAACCUCGUGCAACAACUGGGACAUUUUAAUAAAAAAUGGAAAAUCAAAUGAAUUUUUAGAAAUAACUCCAAUUAAAACCUGCGCAAAACCACCAAAAGUCAAAUCAAAAAUUCCUCGACCCAAAAGAAAUUCUUAUGAAAGUACUGAAAAAGAAACUCACAAAAAAACCUUAAAACAACAGAAAAGCAAUGACAACAUAAUAACUUUAAAAAAAAACAGUCAAUCGAAUAUACCGAUAAGCUAUAAAUCAAAAAACGUUAGGGAUAGAGAUAAAAUCUCUAAUAGUGCCCCAAACUUAUCAAAUAGUUCUUAUAAUGAUAAUAUUGCUCUCGAAAAUUGGAUUAACUUGAUAGAGAAAGCAGAUGCUUCAUCUCUCGUAGCUGAUAGGGAAACAUUUGAAAAUUGGAGGCGUUUUUUUAACAGCAACAACAAAACAAAAAGCAAAAAACUUUCUGAUAGUAAAGAAAAGGAAGCAUUAAAAAAUUGGAAUGAGCUUUUAAAUAAUUCUACAUCCAAAGAAGCAUUACAAAACUGGGGUGACUUUUUAAAAGAUCCUAAAUCAAAAGAAGCAUUACAAAAUUGGAAUGAGUUUUUAAAAAAUCCUACAUACAAAGAAGCAUUACAAAAUUGGAAUGAGUUUUUAAAAAAUCCUACAUCAAAAGAAGCCUUAAAACAUUGGGAUGAGUUUUUAAAAGAUCCUACAUCAAAAGAAGCAUUACAAAAUUGGGAUGAGUUUUUAAAAGAUCCUACAUCAAAAGAAGCAUUACAAAAUUGGGAUGAGUUUUUAAAAGAUCCUACAUCAAAAGAAGCUUUAAAAAAUUGGGAUGAGUUUUUAAAAGAUCCUACAUCAAAAGAAGCAUUACAAAAUUGGGAUGAGUUUUUAAAAGAUCCUACAUCAAAAGAAGCCUUAAAACAUUGGGAUGAGUUUUUGAAAGAUGCUACAUCAAAAAACAUUACAGAGAAAGGAUCAAAUUGUGAGGAUGGAAAUACAAAAAAAAAUAUUUCUACUUCAUCAAACAAAGUAAACAAUCUUGAAAUGGCCGAUGACACACAAACUUUCUUAUAUUGGGAAAAACUAAUUGAAGGAAAAAUAAUACGAGAUAAUCCAUCGCCAAAUCAAGAAUCAAAUUUAGAAAAAAAUUUUAAUGAAUCAUAUGAAAAAGAUUGUAGGCUCAAGUCACCUUCAGCAAGUACAAGUUCUAUUAAAUCGAAAAGUAGUAGCGUUUAUAAAUUUAUUAAGCAAAGAAUAACAUCUCGUAAAAGCUUAAAUAACAAAGUCGAUACGCCUGAUAAUGUUAUACACAGUAAAGAUGGGAGAAUUAUUCAAAUGAAUGUAAAAGAUUCUAAUAACGUUUUUCAAAAGCUGCAAGUUAAGUUAACAUCACCUGAUGCUACUAUACUUUCAACACACGUGACUAAAAACAGUGAUGGUACAUUUACUGUCUAUUGUUGCCCUAGUAUUGACAACGAUUUUAGGAUGGUUGUUACUAUAAACUGUGAACAGUUCACAAAGCAACACCAGGUAUUUAACAUUCAUGGUUCAUUUGCUACUAUGAAAAAGAAAGAAAGAGACUUAGCUUGUAAGACAAUCAGUCUUUUUCGAUGGCAUUUAACUCCCGGUCUUCUGACAAAGAGAGGAGACAAAGUGAUUGCAAGAGUUGUGCGCAAGGCUUAAUUUUUUAUAUAUGUAAAAAUACGAUAUUAACGCAGUUCUUAACCAGUAUUAUAAAAUAAUAAAAUCCAGAAAGGAUUUUUCAUUUAUAUUACCAAGAAAAGUUUAUUCUAGAA